AAAGGGCAUAUCCAACGCCCGGCUCAAAUUUUGUAUUCCAAAUUAGACAUACAUUUUGAUACUAAACACGAAAAAGACGAGCCCCCCUAGAAAAUCCCCAGCCACUAUGAACUGCAAACUUCGCCGCCUGGAUCUCCUCCGCACUGGCCAGAAGUCGGACUGCGAGCUGCAUGUUCUGUUCACGCCCCAAGGACAGCAGAAACGGUGUCGGCGGGUGUUCCGGUGCCACCAGACUAUGCUAGUCUCCGCCUCUGAAGAGUUUGAGCGGUUGAUCCGGGAUCCGGAAUUUGAGAAGAACAAACAGGUUAUCAUUGUGGACGACGCCUCGCCCACGGCCUAUGAAUCCCUGCUCCUGUAUAUCUACACCUACGAGGUCUGCAAUGCCGUCCACAUAGAAAUGUGUGAGGAGCUGAUGCUUCUCGCCCAGAGGUACAAAAUGUACGACUUUGCCGAUUGCUACAUGGAGAAGCUGGCCAGCCAGGACUGGCCCAUGGAGGUGGUGCUCCAAAUUUUUGCUCUAGCCAACAAGCACGACCAUUUGUCGUUAAUGGACGUAGUGGCCAAGAAAAUCCUACCCAUUGCCACUCACAUCCUUAACGACAACUCGUUUACCAAGCUGAGUCUCCAGGAACUAAAGGCCUUGAUGAUCAUUCUCCAAAGCGAGGGUAUGCUGUCCAACAGUCACCUAUUGGGAGCGCUGAAGAACUACCAAAUGGCAAACAAUUUGCGGUAUAAUGACAUGGAAAGGUUCCAGCAAUUCGUGGAGAUUACCCAAAUCUUCGACAAAGCGCUCUUCGAAGUGGACGGCACUUUGUCGGUGCCUCCGGAGGAGUUAAACGACACUAACGAGGUUGGAUCGGACACAUCCCUGUAUCCCAAGAAUGUUCAUGAAGAUUAGGCAUUACAGAGCUAAGGGAAUCCUUUAUUGGAGAGUAGGGGGGCAAACAAACAUGGUAGUUUAAAUCGACUUAUAAAUUAUUUACUAUCCAUUAAAUAAUACCCAAACGGGCCGAGGCCAGUGCAA